GCGCGCGUGACCUCUAUAUCUUUACUAGAGUGUCUCUCUUAACUGCUGACUAUGUUUACAAUGGACAGAUCAAAGCCUGUGGCCUCCGCCGUCCGCUGCCUCCGCGGCGCUCUGUUGCUGUUUCUGGUCAGCUGCAACGCCCCGCUGCCCGUGUCGCCCUCGGCCGCCUCCAACGCGCUGCUCCAGCCGGACGAGUUCACCUACCCGUACAGCAGCAUCUUCUCCCCGCUACUCCGAGCCCUGUCGGAGCACGGGGGAUCCAGGUGGAACCCGGGUCAGAGGCGGAAGGUGAAGCCCGAGCACAGGUACAUGAGGUACCUGACGGAGGUGUACAAGAAGCCCUCGCGGAGGCAGAGGAGUGUUGUCGGAGACAAAGUCUACAACACCAUCAGACUGAUCAAACCUCAGGAUGAGUGUUUAGUACAGAGCCACACGGAAAGUUUUACGCAGGAUUUGUCUUACAGCCUUGAUCAAGUUAGAGAUGAAGAACAGCUUCUGAGGUCAGCCCUGCUGUUCAGGCUUGACCAUGACCUUGGAGCGCCCGCCAUCUCUGUUUGUUCCCUGAGUCUCACUGAGCCGCCAAACCAUUGCCAGCUGUGUCCACGUUCCCCCCGUGCUGCGAACCUCUCAGCAAGCGCAAACAGAAAAAAACACAGGAAAUGGGUGGAGCUUGACGUCAGCUCAAUAAUUCAGCCAGUCAUGAAGUCUCUAAAGAAGAAUAUAAAGCUGCUUCUUAAUGUCUCCCGCCCAGACGGGCAAAGAAGCUUGAGCAUCAAUCACAGAAACCUGUUGGAGUUCUCCCUCAGGUCCCCCCCUCUGAUUCUUUAUCUCAAGGACAUGAACAAAUCCGUCCACCACCGUGCUGCGUUCAAUGCCAGCUCAGUCCAAAGCCCGUUCACGGAGACGAACGCGUUUCAAAAGCCAGUGGUUUUCAAGUCUGAACGGAAACACAAGAGAAGAUGGAAGCGCGAGCCGUCCAAGAGCAAGCGGGGUGACAAAGGUCUGGACCUCCAUCUCCCAGACCUCCUGCCCAGCUCCGUAUUCCCAACCAGCGACUGUGCCUUGUACGAUUUCAGGGUGCGAUUCAGUCAGCUCAAACUGGACCACUGGAUUGUUUUCCCACCAAAAUACAACCCCAGAUACUGCAAAGGCAUCUGCCCGCGGACCAUGGGCUUCAUCUAUGGCUCGCCUGUCCACACUAUGGUGCAGAACAUCAUCUACGAGAAGCUUGACUCCUCUGUGCCCAGACCCUCGUGUGUUCCCUCCCACUACAGCCCUCUCAGUGUCAUGAUAGUUGAAGAGGAUGGCUCCUAUGUCUACAAGGAGUUCAAGGACAUGAUUGCCACUCGGUGUACGUGUCGCUAACCCCCUUCUGAAUUCAUCCAAAACAGUCAUCUCUGCAUUUUCCAGUGUAUCAACAAUUCUGGCUUGGCUCAGUGAUUUCAUAAACUUAAUGCACAAAUAAAAUCAUCUAGAGCAGGUUUACUUAUCAAAAUAUGCAAACAAAAGUAUGUGUUUCCUUUUUGUUAAAGCAUGUUAAUUCACCUUAGAAGUAUGAAGUCAAACACAUUUAAAGGGGAGGGAUAUGUGGGUAGUUUUCUGUUAUUUUGUUUUUUUAUUUUUGUUAAUUUAUUAUUUUUUGUGGGAAGUCUGCCAAUGUAACACAAUUGUCAGAUUUUAAGUAGCCCUGUUCUGGACAAGAAAACAAAGAAGCAGUCACAAUCUCUUAGACCUUUUACAGAUGUUUUAUUCUUGAAGAUAACUGGCAGCUGUCAGAAGUGGCAGCUGCUUUCCCCACUUCCAGAAUGAAAGUUAUAAAAGUGUGUACUUAUUACUUCUGGUCACUAAGUGACUGAGUUUGUGUAAUAUACUUGUAAACUAACUGCAUGCAUGAAUUUGUAUUGGUUGAAUGUGACUUAAUGCAAAUCUAUUUAUGGUCGUCAGAUGAAUUCACUGUGUGUCUGUGCUCGGCUCGAAAAUAUGCAAAACAUUAAAACAUGUCAAGUCUUUCUAAAAAGUUGCAUAAAAUUUAAAAAA